AUGACGCAAAAGAUCUUGCGUACCCAGGCUGUCGAGUUCGAGCCUGCUGUCAUCGCCCCCGAGCGAUCUGACGGCGAUCACGGUUCUGACAACUUGCCGAACAACAUCGUCAAUCGUGGUGGAGAGAACGUCAAUCCCGACAAGGUGCUUACGAAGUUCGGCUGGGAACGACUUGUGUCGCCGAAUGUGCAUAGCGUCUUACACGAGGAUUGGUGGGGCGCUGAAGACUUCAUGCCGGAGGAACUGAUUUCAAAUGUUCGGCAGAAUUGGGUGAAAGCGGUCGAAGAGGGUCCGAGUCGAGUGUUUGGCCUGCCAGAGGCCCUGAAACAACUGGGCGUCUUGGACGCGGAUGGCAAGCUGCCCAACUGCGAUUGCAUGGUUGUUGAGAUGGCCGAUUACAGUGGAUUUGGCCCCCUGAGAGAGUCUGGAGGAGCCCUUCACCUGCGGCCUGAAUACGAAAAGCUCUGGAAUGACAUUUGUCGGGUCAGAGAGAGCUUCGACGGCGUCUUCGUUGCAGGGCACUAUAAAACGGGGAAAACGUACGCUAUGGUAUACCUAUUGACUAAUUUCCUCCGUCGGUCAGAACCGGUCCUCUUCCGGUCGUCCAAGGAUCUCUACAUACUCUUCUUGUCGCAUGGAGCUUACAAACUGCGCGACUCUGAGCGCUGGGAUGAGGACUAUGUGGAGCGAUUGCAUCAUCUCGUUCCAUCUCGUAGGAUCACGGCGUUGCUCAAAGACGUCGAUACUGAAAUUGUCCCAUCCUUUCUUCAACGUCCCAUAUUCUACCCCGUCAUUUUUGGGCGUCCGAGACGGUGGAAAGAUGCCGCCCAGUUUGGAUUCUUCCUCUAUGUGAUGGCCCCGCCGUCUCCCCGAGAGAUCAUAGCUGAGGCGUUAAUCCAAAAUCCAGGACAGGAGACUGCGAAACGCGGAGAUGUCGGUGUGCUCAAUAACCUAGUGAAGGCUCUCACUAGUUUCGGUGCAAACCCGUUCUUUGUUUUUCAGGCCGCUCUGAAGCCAAUGACCUCCACGUGGAUGCAAGACCUGGAUGGCUAUAUCGACACCCUCAGUUUGAAUCAGCUGAAAAAGCUUCUGAAGUCGUGUCCUGUCUUGGACAGCCAGAAUCCCUGCUCACCUUCUACGCUACCGCUUGCGGUUCAUGACGCUCUCAUCACCGUCAAUCGCCUCGAGCUCCCGCCAACAGACUCUGACGUGAGCCAGUACUUUGCUCCGUCGAUCGCAUCUCCCUACAUUUUUCACCGCCUGCGUCGACGGAUGGUAGCAUUGCAGAGAGAAGAGACCCGCCUCAUGAUGCAAACGUUACUAGGAGUAGGUGGCCUGCGCACUGCGGGUGGGAUCAUGUUUGAGAGUCUCAUGCAUCACCUGCUGUCGUCCUGUCCCUCGGAUUGGCAUGCGCUGAAGGAUUUCAAGCUGGUGGAGUUCUUUCCUUGGACUACUAUCUGGAACGCGAAAAAGGCUCGCAGAGCGGCGUGGCAUCUCGAGGUUUCGCACAUCGUCCAGAAGCGCGAGGAGGACUUGUACGACAGCGUGCAUCCUCCUCCUUUUGAUUCGGCAAAGUACUACGUCCCCCAACUUGUCAACAACGCAACAUUCGACGCAGUGACAUACGUCCGCAUCAGACGUAGACGCGCUCCAGCUCGAGCGAGCAACAGCUCCGCGACGUCGAAUCAUCCGAAGCCGUCUCCGGCGCCUACGCAUGCAUCGUUCACACCUCCGACCGCGACGCGGCCGCAGUGGCAAGCGAGCCCGCCGGGUGGUAUCCCCGACGACAGAGGCUCGGAGGUCAUCGUCUCUACGACUGGUGUCCGGACUGCUUCCCAAGCGGGCCUCGACAGCGUUCCUCCACCGAAGAAACGGUCAAAUGACGAUUCGGCAAGAGUGAAGGUAGCGAUUGCUCUGCAGAUGACAGUGGCUUCCACGCACAGCUUAGCUGAAAGUGGCCUGGAGAGGUUGGCGGCCACAUUCGAUCAGAGCCACGAGUGGGCCUUCGUCUACGUCAUUCCGCAUAGCACGAUAUGGAACUUCACCACCAUGCAAACCCGGAUCGCCAAACUCCACAAGAAGAAACCAAACUUGAAACUUUCGAAGUAUCGAUGGUAUGUGCUGACGGCCAACGUGGACAUCGAGGGAUUGUCAGGUGACGUUGAUGAGGAGGAGGGAGAGAUUGAAGAAGAUGACAGCGAUACCGACGGCGAGGGUGGAGAGGGGAACGAAGAGGGGAAUGGAGAGAGAAGAGACUCGGAGACAGCGACGGGAACGGAAAAGACAAACGAUUAA